CCCUCAAUUCUCUCGCCGGUGAAUUCCAAAACCCUUGAUUUUACUUGAGUUCCGUUUCAUGGCUUCUACGUCGUCGCUCGCCGCCGUGCAGCUUAAUCUCCGGCGGCCUGAUACUCCGGGUACAAGUACAACCGCCUUGUUCCCCCGUCCGAUGGUGUCCAUCAACCUUUCAGCGAAGCUCCGACACCUGAGGAAUCUCAAUUCACUGAAAUUGAGACCUAAAGACGCCGCCUUUACCAGAAAAUCGGAUGAAUUUACCAGAAAUUCGCGCUCAUUCCGCGUGCGGUGCGAUGCCUCGUCCAAUGGAAGAAUUACACAGGCGGAAUUUACUGAAAUGGCGUGGCAAGCGAUUGUGGCUUCGCCGGAAGUGGCGAAGGAGAAUAAGCAUCAGAUUGUGGAGACUGAGCAUUUGAUGAAGGCUCUACUGGAGCAGAAGAAUGGGCUUGCUCGUCGUAUAUUUUCCAAGGCCGGUGUGGAUAAUACUCGACUUCUCGAAGCUACGGAUAAGUACAUUCAGCGUCAGCCGAAGGUUCUUGGUGAUUCAGCUGGAUCAAUGUUAGGACGAGAACUGGAAGGGCUGAUACAGCGAGCCAGGGAGUACAAGAAAGAGCUUGGUGAUUCAUUUGUGUCAGUCGAGCAUUUAGUUGUUGGAUUUGCACAAGAUAAUCGGUUUGGGAAGCAAUUAUUUAAAGAUUUUCAACUCUCACUAAAAUCGGUGAAGGAUGCCAUUCAGUCCGUAAGGGGACGCCAAACUGUUAUAGACCAAGACCCUGAAGGAAAAUACGAAGCACUAGAAAAAUAUGGAAAAGAUUUGACGGCCAUGGCGAGAGCAGGAAAGCUGGAUCCUGUUAUAGGAAGAGAUGAUGAAAUACGUAGAUGCAUACAGAUUCUGUCAAGGAGAACCAAGAAUAACCCUGUUCUGAUCGGCGAGCCAGGUGUCGGAAAAACUGCAAUUUCCGAAGGGCUUGCGCAGAGAAUUGUGCAAGGAGAUGUUCCUCAGGCUUUGAUGAAUCGUCGGCUAAUAUCUCUUGACAUGGGAGCUCUCAUUGCUGGUGCAAAAUACCGCGGAGAAUUCGAAGAUAGACUGAAAGCCGUACUUAAGGAAGUCACCGAUUCCGAUGGCCAAAUAGUUCUUUUCAUCGAUGAGAUUCACACAGUAGUCGGUGCAGGUGCUACAAGCGGGGCUAUGGAUGCUGGCAACCUGUUAAAGCCCAUGCUUGGCCGUGGAGAGUUACGAUGCAUUGGAGCAACUACUUUAGAUGAGUAUCGUAAAUACAUCGAAAAAGAUCCAGCUUUGGAAAGACGUUUUCAACAAGUUUAUGUUGACCAGCCUACAGUGGAAGACACUAUCUCUAUUUUGCGUGGACUAAGAGAAAGAUACGAGCUGCACCAUGGGGUCCGCAUUUCGGACAGUGCACUUGUGGAAGCUGCUAUUUUAUCAGACCGUUACAUUAGUGGUCGUUUUCUUCCUGACAAAGCUAUUGACCUGGUUGAUGAAGCAGCCGCCAAACUGAAAAUGGAGAUUACUUCGAAGCCAACAGCUCUAGAUGAGAUUAACCGUACUGUUCUAAAACUCGAGAUGGAAAGGCUAUCUCUGACAAACGACACUGACAAGGCGACAAAAGAUAGGUUGAAUCGCCUUGAAGCUGAACUGUCUCUCUUAAAGCAGAGACAAGCUGAGCUGAAUCAGCAGUGGGAACACGAAAAGAAUGUCAUGACAAACAUACAGUCUAUUAAGGAAGAGAUCGACAGAGUAAAUCUCGAGAUCCAACAAGCCGAACGAGAGUACGACCUCAACCGUGCAGCCGAAUUAAAAUACGGGAGCUUAAAUUCUCUACAGCGCCAGCUGGCCACCGCAGAAAAGGAACUCGGUGAGUACAUGAGGUCCGGAAAGUCCAUGCUUAGGGAAGAAGUUUCCGGAAGCGACAUAGCAGAAAUCGUCAGCAAAUGGACCGGAAUCCCCGUUUCGAAACUCCAACAAUCCGAAAGAGACAAGCUCUUAAAUCUGGAGCAAGAACUUCACAAUCGUGUCGUAGGUCAAAACCCUGCAGUAAAAGCAGUGGCAGAAGCCAUACAAAGAUCAAGAGCAGGCCUUUCCGAUCCACACCGUCCAAUCGCCAGCUUCAUGUUCAUGGGCCCCACAGGUGUUGGCAAAACCGAACUCGCGAAGGCAUUAGCAGCAUAUUUAUUCAAUACCGAAGAAUCUUUAGUAAGAAUUGAUAUGAGUGAGUACAUGGAGAAGCACGCGGUUUCAAGAUUGAUCGGAGCGCCACCUGGCUACGUUGGGUACGAGGAAGGAGGGCAGUUGACUGAGAUAGUGAGGAGAAGGCCUUACGCAGUUAUUUUAUUCGACGAGAUAGAAAAGGCGCAUGCGGAUGUGUUUAAUGUGUUCCUUCAGAUAUUGGAUGAUGGUAGGGUGACUGAUUCGCAAGGGCGUACUGUGAGCUUCACGAAUACUGUGAUUAUUAUGACUUCGAAUGUGGGGUCGCAGUAUAUAUUGAAUACAGAGGAUGAUGAUUCUCCGAAGGAGAUGGCUUAUGAGACGAUUAAGAGGAGGGUUAUGGAGGCUGCGAGAUCGAUUUUCCGCCCCGAGUUUAUGAAUCGUGUUGAUGAGUACAUUGUAUUCCAACCGUUGGACCGUGAUCAGAUCGGCAGUAUUGUUAAGUUACAGUUGGCAAGAGUGCAGAAGAGGAUAGCCGAUAGAAAGAUGAAGAUUCAAGUGAGUGAUGCUGCAGUUCAACUUCUAAGCAGUCUCGGUUAUGAUCCAAACUACGGAGCUCGGCCCGUAAAACGUGUGAUCCAACAGUACGUAGAAAACGAGCUUGCCAAGGGAAUCUUGAGAGGAGAUUUCAAAGACGAGGAAACUAUAUAUGUCGACACUGAAGUCACCGCUUUCUCCAACGGUCAACUUCCGCAGCAGAAGCUCGUUUUCAGAAAGUUAGAUUCGAGUUCAGGUGCUUCUUCGGAAGAUCAAGAAGCAGCUUUCUCUCAGACAAUGUGAGAAGAUGCGUUGUAUUUCUCGUAUGAAAUACUUAGUUGUAAUUCUAGUCUACGAUUAGGAGUCUCGAUAUCUAAAUUUAUGGAGUAAUAAAUACGAUUGAUUAUCUCAUCGAGUAUAUUUGAAAUCAUUUUUGUGGUGAACUAACAAAUCACGAAAUAAA